CGGAGUGGGAAGAGAGCGAAGAACGGUAACGGAUUUCAGAAUAAGGCAAGUAAAAGGUGGAAUCAGACCGAUCGUACGGGCCGUAGUAUCUUCCCCAGUAGUGCUUUUUGAAUAAAAAUACUCUAUGUUUUCUUCGACAAAGAGAAGUAAAUUGGAAUAAAAACACUCGUGUAUUGGACAUUACGCUUCAUAGAAUUUUCAAGACAUUUGUUUCACGAACUGAAAGUGUGAAAGCAGUCGCUGAGAUGGCAAGACACACUUCCUGGACAACCAUGAUCUUUGCGAUUAUAGUCGUUGCUUUUUUACUGGGUUUAAUUGUUGAGGUCACGGCCACGAUAGCUCAACCAAAAGCACCUAAUUUUCAGUACUUUGAGCGGCCUAAAUACCGCUAUCCAUACUAUGAUGAAAAUGGCAGAGGAAAGUUACUUUAUGGCUAUGGAGGACCAGACCUAUAUCAAUACAAAACGUAUAGUGCUCUUGAGGGAAUCCAUUGAAAUAACAGAAAGCACUAAAUUACACAAAUAACUAACUAAUCACGAUUCAAUGAGUUGUGACUAGUAUUAUUAGAUAGUACGUUCGUUUGUGAAAAGAUACAUAAUACAGACACGAUUUCGUUUCCAAUUACAAGAAAGUAAUCGUUUCUUACAUUGUUCACCUUUCAAAUUUUUGUAUUUUGCUUCUGAUUUUCUUGUUAUC